AAACACGAAUUCCAGGAAGAACCGAUCGAUGAAAAUGUGACAGAGUUCUACAGUGGUGAGUGGAAGAAUGACUCACGUAGUGGUUUCGGAGUCUGUGAACGAUCCGACGGACUACGAUAUCAAGGCGAAUGGGCGAAUAACACCAAGAAUGGCUAUGGUGCCACGACGUUGAGAGACGGAACUCGUGAAGAGGGCAAGUACAAGAACAAUGUGUUGGUGGUGUCAAGUCGACGGAAAGGCAUGCUGUUUGUGCGAAGCAGUAAACUCAAGGAACGAGUCGAAGCUGCUGUUGAAACGGCGAAUCGAGCCGCCAGUAUCGCCCAGCAAAAGGUUCGUUUAUUACUCUGGGGCGUGAGAAGUGAAAGGUUCAUAUCGCGCUUUUACUGA